CUGGGUUAGCGGCAGUCGGUCUUUGCAGUGUCCUGACGUCAUCCCGUGUGUGCAUAAGCCCCGCUAUUGUCUUAGGGAGGGAGAGCUGGGGCUGCCGAUUGCAGUAUCUGCUGGCUGCUACCUAUUUCUGCCCGCCGCUGUCACGGGGAGGACGCCGGCCUGCCCUUAUCUCUUGGAUUUAAAACACAAGCUCCCGCCGUUUUACUUCCUGAAGAAGGAGCUUUGCUGCGGCCGCAAGGAGAAGCUGUUCUGGGGUGCGGAGCAGAGGAGGGGAGAGGAGAAUCUGGCAGCUUGGAUAGCCCGGUCUGCAUUGUCUGGCUUCAUGACCCCUGCUGCGUAGCCGUCUCAUCCCUGCUCUCCUACACUCCCUCUGCCUUCCACUCUUUCUUCUUUCCUUUUUAAAAUAGCGGCAUCUGGGGCCAGCCAUGUUUGGCACUGAAUCUUCAUUGAGUAUGUUUUUGAACACAUUAACCCCCAAGUUCUAUGUUGCCCUGACAGGCACUUCAUCAUUAAUCUCGGGACUUAUUUUGAUCUUCGAGUGGUGGUACUUCCGCAAGUACGGCACCUCCUUCAUCGAGCAGGUCUCGGUGAGCCACCUGCGCCCCCUGCUGGGCGGGGUGGACAACAGCGCGCCCAGCGCCGCCAGCGCCGCCAACGGGGACGCGGACUCCAGCCGGCAGAGCGUCUCAGAAUGCAAAGUCUGGCGAAAUCCUUUAAACCUGUUCAGAGGAGCUGAAUAUAAUCGCUAUACAUGGGUAACAGGGAGAGAACCUUUGACUUACUACGAUAUGAAUCUUUCAGCACAAGACCAUCAGACAUUCUUUACAUGUGACACGGAUCAUUUACGGCCUGCAGACGCUAUAAUGCAAAAAGCCUGGAGAGAGAGAAACCCCCAAGCCCGAAUUUCUGCAGCACAUGAAGCUUUGGAAUUGAAUGAGUGUGCUACUGCCUAUAUUCUUUUGGCCGAAGAAGAAGCAACAACGAUUGUAGAAGCAGAGAAGCUGUUCAAGCAAGCUCUGAAAGCUGGAGAGGGCUGUUACAGGCGCAGUCAGCAGUUACAGCACCAUGGUGCCCAGUAUGAAGCCCAACACAGAAGGGACACCAAUGUGUUAGUUUAUAUUAAGAGGAGGCUGGCAAUGUGUGCAAGAAAGCUGGGAAGGACCAGGGAAGCAGUGAAAAUGAUGAGAGAUUUGAUGAAGGAGUUCCCUCUGCUCAGCAUGUUCAACAUCCAUGAAAACCUGCUAGAGGCUUUGUUGGAACUGCAGGCAUAUGCAGAUGUCCAGGCAGUCUUAGCAAAGUACGAUGAUAUAAGCUUACCAAAAUCAGCAACAAUAUGUUACACAGCUGCAUUGCUCAAAGCCAGAGCUGUCUCUGACAAAUUUUCUCCAGAGGCUGCCUCAAGGCGAGGGCUGAGCACGGCAGAGAUGAAUGCAGUAGAAGCUAUUCACAGAGCAGUAGAAUUUAAUCCACAUGUGCCAAAAUAUCUACUAGAAAUGAAAAGCUUAAUUCUGCCCCCUGAACAUAUUCUGAAGAGAGGGGACAGUGAAGCAAUAGCAUACGCUUUCUUUCAUCUUCAACACUGGAAAAGAGUAGAGGGGGCAUUGAAUCUCUUACACUGUACAUGGGAAGGCACUUUCAGAAUGAUCCCCUAUCCACUGGAAAAAGGACAUCUUUUCUACCCUUACCCUAUUUGUACAGAAACUGCAGAUAGAGAACUACUACCGUCAUUUCAUGAAGUUUCAGUUUACCCCAAGAAAGAGCUUCCCUUCUUCAUCCUCUUCACUGCUGGACUAUGUUCUUUCACAGCCAUGCUAGCCCUCCUGACACAUCAGUUCCCAGAGCUUAUGGGGGUCUUCGCAAAAGCUUUCCUCAGCACCCUCUUUGCCCCUUUAAAUUUUGUGAUGGAAAAAGUAGAAAGUAUCCUGCCCUCCAGUCUGUGGCACCAGCUGACGAGGAUCUGAGGGAGUACGCCUGCUGACUGACUGCCAUGACAUCUUCUGUGCCAACUUUUCGUUGACCACAAGAAAGCAUGAUAAAAAAAGGGAAGCAGUUCUAAGACUUAAAAACUCUUCAUGGAUUGUCUGUUCUCAUAUAAAAACCGUUUUGUUGUACAAAAUACAUUGAUGUUAGGUUCUAUUAUAUUUUGCCUUCAGAAAAGAAAAACUUAAAAAUAAACUUUUGUGUAUUGCA